CUCAGGUUGUUAUACUUUUGACAAGAGAGAGAGAGAGAAAGGUGGCGAUUUGAAAAGCCCUAAAUUUUCUCCGCCUUUUUCAGACCAAGAAAAUGAAACAAUAAUCAUGCUCGGCGGUGGCGGUAGCGGUAGCGGUCAUGGCGGCGGCGGCGAUAGAGAAGAAGAAGAUGAAUUCCUAGGUCGGAUAUCACAUCAUUUGAUGAUGCCCUCUUUUCCGCCUCUACAUUUAGAACCAUCAUCUAACGUUGUUGUUUCCGUCGUCAGUGGCGACGACGAUUUCCCUAGAAGAGACGAGAGAGUUCCUCAGUGGGGUCAGCAGGAAACCAGAGACCUCAUCUCUAUCCGUGCAGAUUUGGAGAGAGAUUUCACCGCAGUUAAGAGGAAUAAAACUUUAUGGGAAGUUGUUUCUUCAAGAAUGAAGGAAUUGGGUUACAGGAGGACAUCCGAUCAGUGUAAAUGCAAAUGGAAGAACCUCGUCAAUCGUUACAAGGGGAAGGAGACAACUGAUGUAGAAAAUGGUCGAAAUUGUCCUUUUUUCGAUGAGAUGCAAGUAGUCUUCAACCAAAGGUCACUGAACAUGCAAAGAAUCCUUCUCGAAUCCGAAUCUGGCUCAAUGAUGGAAUCCAAAAGGGUUAAAAGAAUUACCAAAAGUGACGACGAAGAAGAUGAAGAAGAUGAAGAUGAAAGUGUGGACAACAAGUCAACGAAGAACAACUCUAGGAAACGGAAAAUUGAGAAGGAGAAAACUGUACGAACUGACAAGUCUUCAAAACAAGACCUAAUUGGUUUGCAAGACAUACUGAAGGAAUUUCUAGGGCAUCAACAGAGGAUCGAGAUGAUGUGGAGGGAGAAAAUUGAGAAGCGCACGAAUGAGAGGGAUGUGUUUGAGCAUGAAUGGCGUUUGAUGAUGGAGAAACUCGAGAGGGAGAGGCUGAUGAUGGAAAGGGAUUGGCAAGAAAGGGAAGAACAAAGGAGGAUUAGAGAAGAAUGUAGAGCUGAAAGAAGGGAUGCCCUUUUAGCCGAGCUCUUGAACAAGCUUAACAAUUGAAAUGGUAUAUCUUUCGAGAAAAUGUAACUCAAUAUAACUUGUGGUUUUUUUUAGGUUUAUUUAGUACAAAGUUGGAGGAAUUGCAAGAACAAUAUAGUGAUAGUUUUUUAAUUGGGUGGUGGGUAUAAUACAAAAAUGAAAGGAUAAUGUUUCAUGUAAAAUAUCAAUUAUAUGGAAGUUGCUGAAUUUGAUUGUUUGGUUUUGAGUUCUCA